UGACGUAAUUCAAACAUGGCAACAGUUCGACUUCAAAGGCGAAGCAGCAGACCUCCCAUCCACAGCGCACUGAGCCAGGGCAGCGACUCCCGGAGCUCCGGCAGGGGCAGGCGCGGCCCCGCCGUGAACGGGAAGCUUCCUUCCUGCGGGCCGGAAAGUGAAGGCGCCCGCGGAGCUAGGAGCGGGAGCGGGAGCGCGCGGCCAAAGUUUCCCCGCAAGAGGCCGGCCGGCCGAACAAAAGCCGCUCCGGCCGCCGCCGCCGCCGCCGCCGCCGGCUGCCCGCCGCCUCUUGCCCCCAGGAGGAGCGCGAGCACAUGCAGCCAGCCCUCUUUGUUUUCUGUCCAGCCAGGCAGGCACUGCCUACGUGCGGCGUCAGAUGUCGGUGGCGGCGGCUCUCGCAGGGGGGAGAGCCACUGGGCCAGCGCCUCGGGACGCCAUCUGUCCCUGGGCCCCAAGUUCCUCAGCACUCGGCUGGCAGCCCGGACUUCCACCGGGCUUUUUAAACUGGCGAGCCGCCAUGACCCCCCUCCCCCGCCGCCGAGUUACUGCAAGGGCUGGCGGCGCGCCGGACAGCCCCCAACCAAACUCCGAGCCGAGCGCGGCGGGAGCACGUGUCGCGCCCCGCGGGGCUACUCCACGCUGCAAGAGAAGCCACAAGUGAGCGAGCUUCGGGGCUCCCACGGAGCGGCCGCGCGUGCCGACAGAGCUCCCCGGAGUUGGGCGAAGAGCGCGUGCUCCCGAACUGCUGCUCACUCCCUUCCCGGCCCGCGCAGGGGGCCCGCAGCAGCGCACCCACACACCGAGACACGUGCUCCGGGCCCCCCGCAUCGCCACAACUCCCGGAGGAGUGCAGGACCCUCCCAGACGCGUCCCAGGGGGCCCGUGGGCCGAUCGGUGCAGCCUCCGUCGCGGCGGGGCAAUCAUUGUCACCUUCCAGGAGAGUCUGCAAACUCUGGCGGCCCCUCGCUCCUCCUCCUCCCGCAGCCUCCCAACAAAAGCCCGCAGCGCCCGGGCGCCCCUCGCACAUGGGGUCCGAGCGCCCGCGGAGCCGCCCCUGACACCAAACUUCCAGCACGGAAGGCAGGGGCCAGGCGCUCCGGGGAAGAAAGGACGCGGACCGCGAGCCUGGGGAAGCCACUCUCGCCCGAGCCUGGGGCCCCACUCACUCACCUCCGCGCGCGCCUGUCCAGCCUCAGUCCCAGGGCGCCCUGCAAGCCCCGCCGGCCCCCGUCUGCCCGGGCUAGCUACUCGGUCCGGAGAUACACUCUCUCCCGCAAUCAGCAGGCGCUCCCUCGGACCGGGAAGGGGUAGAUCGCGGUCGCCCUCUGCGCACGCGCUGUUCCCGGGACCAGAUUCUCGUGAAUCGAGCUCAUUUGCAUGCGGGCUCCUGCGCACACCGCGGCGAGGGGGGGGGGCGAGCGGUCCCGCGCGCCCCCGGAGCCUCUAUUGUCCUUUUAAGGGGAGCCGCGGCGCGCGGGAAACAUGGCGGGCAGGACCCAGCGGAGGAGGGGGCGGGCGCUGCUUACUACGGCUGAUACGUCACGUAAACAAACGCCCCCACAGAGAAGGGGCGGAGCUCGGAGGGGAGCACCUCCCCGCCAUAGCGCGCGGCCUCGUGCUCCGAGCCCUGGAGGCUAGGCUAUGCAGGAUCUCGGGGCCGCGCGCGCCUCUCGCUCCCCUCUCCCCAGUCCUCUCUAGGGGGCGCCGACCUAGGCUACCCUCCCUAGGGCCCCCGAGGCCUCCGAGGCCAGCCCGCUCCUCCCCUGCCUUGCUCUGGCCCUUUCGGUCCGCACUGAGUUCUGCGGCGCCUACGCAGCCCCCAGGCCCGCCAACGCGCCCCUCCGCUGGCCCAGGGCCAGGCCUCUGACCCGUCCGAAGCCGCGGCACCGGCCUCGGAAAGUGAAAAGUGGGCGGGGCGGCCCCGAAAACAAACCCUCCAGCCCACCUAGACGCCUUCGUCAGGGUUCCAGCGGGUGUCCCCCGGGCCUGCGCUCCAGCGCCCACAGCCUCAGCCGACUCUGCGGACUGCGGAGGGACACCGGGAAGCCCAGUACGGGGCUCCCACAUUUACGGUGGCGGGCGAAGGGAAACGAUCUCACGGAACCCCUUAGGGCAGGCGGCCCCGGGGCCCACGGGAGCAGGAGGAACGUGCAGCCCAACUGGGCGUCCCCCGAGGCAGGCACGGGGCUCGAGCGCUGGGGGAGCAGCGACAGGACCAGAACUUAAUGCCCCUCCCCCAGGUGGAGAAAACUUCUCCGGAGGAGGAUGCUUUGGGCUGGGCUCCGCGGGCUCAUUUGCAUAAAAAGGGGGGGCGGCGGCAGGGGGAAUGGAACCUCGUUAAUUAUUAUUCUGUUGGGGAAUUUGAAAACAUUAUUCCCGCCCUGGAUCCAUCUAAGGGCUCCCGGACACACCAAAAUUGCGGGAGGCCCCCCGAGACGUUAAAGAUGGCCCCCGGGUCACUGAGGAAGCCUCGGAACAGCAGGUCUGGGGCCAGGAAGGCCUCAGCUUAAAAGCUUCCGGUAAAAGGAUGGUGGAGAUGUGGAGGAAGCCUCCUCAGCUCACCGGUCAGGUGACCCGGGGAAACCGAACUUGGCCCACCUGAGGUGCUCUCAUUCGCCAAACUAGGCUUUGGGUCCUCUCAGGGAAGCUCCUGCCACUUCUUCCCGCGACAAAUCCACAUUGGCCACCUGACCAACGGGGGCCAGGGUGGGAGGCUGGAGGAGUCUCUUCAGCCGCUGCCACGUGGGGUCCCAGCCAGCCCAGGGAGGCCCAAGGAAAGCUCCGCUUGCUCCCAGGCCAUUUGGGCCGCUGUGCUCACUGCCCAGGCCAGUUUAUCUUCUCAGGUAAACCGAGGAAGCGGCGCACACAGGCACGCUUCCCCACGAGCCAAGGGCUCCAGGGUGCUGCCAUUCAACCCACCAAUCUCUCCGGGCGAGCCUUUUCCUGUGCAGAGCUGCAAAGGGGGUGGAAUCUCCCGACACCAUUCCUUUUCUGGCCUAGAACUCCUGGCCAGCGCUUACCUGGGCCUCCUGUCCUGGCUCCCCACUUUCGGUCCCUCGGGAUCCCCCCACUGUUGCCUGGCCCGGCACGCCCCUAGGCUAUUGGAAGUUUUGUGAAAUGAAGACAAUUCUGCUGCACUUCCGCAAUGGAGGGCUCCCUUUGCAGUCUUCUUGGCCAGGAGAGUGGCCUGCUCUGGGGUAAAGUGACUUGGCCAAGGCCACCAGCUUUAAAUUCCUGACUUGGGGCGCUUCCCCGCUAGCCUCCUCAGCACCCGUUUCCACGCUUGCUCGGACCAUCGGCUUUCAGGAUUUUCUCCAACUGAUACUAGUUACGGUGUGAGCUGUGUUACAGGCCAAAGUGAAAUGCUCCUCCUGCUAGCGCCUAAACUUGGGCACAAGCCCCCAUCUUCCGCCCUUCUCCCUGUAAAUACUUCCUUAAGUGGAAGUAUUUAAGAGCUUCCGCUAGUGGAGCCCUUACUGAGGACUUGCACCCGGCCGUUCUCCUCUCCUGCCCCUCCCCUGCUCUUGACUUUCCGCCUCACUCCUUUCUGUGGUCUCUUCCGGUAGUCUUUGGCUUGGAGGGGCUGCCGGCCUUGGGCGCAUGAAGCGCUGGGUUUGUCCUAGAAACCUGCUCACUACUGCUGGAGCCGGAGUGGGGGCCUGAGGAUAGUAACUACAGACAGCAGCCCCCCCCCCCCCAUGCGUGGAGGUGGCCCCGGGCACAGUGACAUCCCCAGGGUGUGACCUGGACGACCCUCCGGAACCAGACAAGGUUCUCAUUUGGAUCCAUUUUCAUUCUGCCUUCACCAGGGCUUCUCUUCCUGCUCUGAGAAAGGAGCCUGACAAAGCACUUGGUCCCAAAGCAGCAUUCUGGAAGGCCCUUCUCUCGGAGCAGCAAGCUUCUCCCAGCCUCCCGUCAGAAGAGCCAGCCUCCUUGCCUUUGCCCUUCCCAGGAUGUGAACUUGCUCCCUCUUUACUUCAGCGCCCUCAAGUCUCCCCUGCCUGGGUCAUGGCUGACUGUUCUCGUUUUGUGCGGAAAGCCUUUCCUUACUUCUUGGAAUUAGAACUGAGCCUCGGCUCCAAGGCAGAAGAGCGUAAGGGCUGGGCGCUAGAUCUGAACCCAGGGCCUCCUGCUUCCAGGCCUGACGUCUCAGCCACUGAAUGCCCAACACCCUUGUCAUCCCCUCCUGUUCACUGCCUGACGGUCAUCGCCCUCGGUGCAAACAGCACCCCCAGUCUAAAAGCUGCCCCCCCUUUCCAGAGAGCGGCCCCCUAAGCAAUAAACGUUCUUUCUUCCGGAGGCUUUUCUUUUCCUGCCCUUCCAGCCGCUGCCUCUCCCUGAGACCCGGCUCUCUCCUGAUCGCAUUCGCUCUCUCACUCCCCAGCCGCAGAGGCGAAGGGAAACACGACUUCCUCCCCGGCGCCUCUUCUUGUUAUCGUUUAAAUGGCCUUUUCCCCAAUCGCGCGCAGAUGCAGUUUUUAAUAGUUGUCUUCGGACAUUUGGCUACGCGUGUUCGCUCUCGCCCUUCCUGGCCCCUCCUCCCCAGAGGGUAGGUAAUGCGACAUAGCUGAUACGUGUGCUGUCAUGAACGUUGCGACUAUUUCCGUGUUCCCUGUGUUGGGAAAAGGAGAUGCCAUGCUUCUGUGAGGGGAAAAACCCAUGAAGGAAAGAAAGUGGAAAAGGCUUCGGUUCCGGUGGGCGUCCUUUUGGUGCUCGGUCUCUUGGAGUGCUCGUGGAUCUGGCGCCGCUAGAGAUAGCUGAGCCAUUCACGAUGGGGCAUUGCACACUCCUGAUGUUCCUAUCUGGUCCUGCUCCCUUCACUUUGCAUCCUUCCAUGGCAGCCUUCGCAGCUUUCUCUCAUCAUUCUGCCAGCACAAUAGUAUCCCCUCACUAGCUCGUGCCAUAACUCAUUCAGCUGUUCUCCAGUGGAUGGACCUCCCUUCGGUUUCCAAUUCUUUGCCACCAUAAACAGAGCCGCAGUGGCACAGUGGAUAUAGUCCGGGCUUGGAGUCAGGAAACCUUAUUUUCCUGAGUUCAAAUCUGACCUCCUACACUUAACUAGCUGUGUGUCCCUGGGCAAGCCACUUAACUCUGUUUGUCCAAGUUCCCAAUGAGUUGAAGAAGGACCUGGCAAACCUCUCUAGUAUCUCUGCCAAGAAAACCCCAAGUGGGGCCAUGAAGAGUCAGAUACAACUGGAAAACAACUCCUAAUUGCCAAACGUAAUGGCCUUUUUUCUCGAUCCCCAUCUUUCUGGACUUCUCUAUAGCUUCCAAGGAUGAAGAUAUUCCCCAGGCUUCCUUCCUGGGCCCUCCUCUCUUCUCCCUCCAUACUUUUUUGUUCGGAGAUCUCAUCCGUUUCCAUGGAUUCAGUGAUCUCUGUGUUGAUGAUUCUCAGAUCUGCUGUUCCUGUCCUCCGGCCUCUGCUGGCCUCUAUUCUCCCAGUUCUAUCUGCCUUGCAUACCUUUAACUUGGUGUAGACCUUAAACCCACCAUGUCCAAAACUGCACUCUUUCCCUCCAAAGCCCACCUUCCUUUGAAUUUUCCUGUCGCUGCUGGGCUUUGUCGGGGGAGAAGGCUCCUUUCUCCACCUGGGCGUGCCAUUGUGGGAGCCCAUUUCCUGACUCGAUAAUGAGACUACCCCUUUCUAUGUUCCUCUUCCUGAAGUAGGAACCCUUGUAUGUUUGCAAGGGUCCAGAAGUCCACUAGAGUGGGAACGUCUCCCGGCAUCCUGGUGGCAGUGAUGGACGCCGGAGCCACAGUGGCUCAUGGCAGAGACAAUGACCACCAGAAAGAAGGACCGGCCCAGUCUGGCUGCUUUGCCAGCAGGCUUUCACCAGCAGAAUCCGAUGCAAAGUGCAAGUGGCCAGAGUCCCGGUCCUACAAACCUUGGGCCUAGGCCUGACUCUUUCUCCCUGCUCUGUACUGCUGUGUCCAUUGUUCUGUUGCUGCAAUUCUUUUUUCUGGUUGCCAUCGCUUUGUGGGAAGGAACUGAUGUCUCGUGAGGGAUUGGUACUGGAUGAAGACUGCCUUUUCCUGCUCUCGCUUUCUGGGGAGGGCCUAGACUGGGCUCAGAAAGGACCGGCACCUCCAAAAUAUCAGUCCUCAGUUGGAGAGAAGACAUUUGAGACCCUGAGAGCCCAAGCGCCUCAGGGGCAACAGACCCUCCUCGUGCCGUCCGGGCUUGGGACGAAGAGGGGAGAAGGCUGAUGUGAUGGAGUCGGACACAGGACAAGUCUCAGUGGCUUACGCAAAUGGCAUCUCCCUGAGGAGGAUGCUGGGGAGCAAAUGGCGUUUCUCCUAGGGAAGAUGUGAGAGGGCCACAUGGAGGAGAGUCGAGGUCUCAGAAGGGCCGUGCCUCGGCCAUCCAGGAAGUGACUGGCUGGCCAGAAGGGACUGUCAGCUUUGGCUCCUUUCUCUUUGCCAUUCUUUCCCUGAUUGCCUUCGGCUACCCUCUGGAUGUUGGCAUCCGGUGAGAUAGUGCGCUUUAAGGGGAAGUGACCCGAGAUCUUUGUUCCUCCCGCUAGAACCAGAUGGCCCUGAGAAUGGGGCCUCCUUGGCGUGUUGGCUUAUUCUUUUCUAUUCUAGGCACAGGAAGUGGAGUGUCUGGCCUUGGUGGGGAGUCUAAGAAUGACAGGAAUCCAGAAGUCGAAGCCCAGGCUGGAUCUUGUAGCAAGAAUGGCGUCAAUGCCCCAAGGACCAGGAAGCAGGCCGGGAGUGCCAUCCAGGAGCUGGCCCAGCAGAACGAUUCCCCUGGCAGCCGUGCCACCUUGGGAAGGGAGUUUGGUGAGACCAGUGCAGGGAGGAAAUGAACUGCAUUUUUUUCAGACCUGAGCUUCAUUUGAACCUCACCUCCUUCCUCCCAAGCUCCAAGGGAUUGGGAUUGGGCUCUAAAGAGAUUAUGCCCUCGAGGUUUGGGGAAGUGUUUGCACAUUUAUUCUGCUAUAUCUUUGAAGGACAAUCGGCUCCUUUGUUCAGUGACUUCAAUGGAAUCGAGGUGCUGGUCGAAUCCUUUGGGGAACCCGUCCAGAGGAAAGACGCCCCCAGAAACCCUCCGACCCUCCGGGAUUAUGAAGGGAGCCGCCGCAGGCUUGGCCCCAGGACAGUGGGGCUAGGAAGCGAGCACAGACAUUGGCCCUUGGUUAGGCCUCUGUCAAAGCUCAUUGCAGACUGUGCAUGGGGAGACAGUCCUGCUGGAAGGCCUCUCUCGGGAGCCAAUGAGAAGGGUUUCUUUUUGUGUGUCUCCUCCCUUUGUACAGGGCUGUCCUACCUUGGCCUUGUUGCCGAGGGGGGCGGGAAUGUCUCUCCCAUCUGCCCAGCCCCUGUGGCCGUGGUGGGGAGAGCCCUGUCCCAGACUGGCGGCCCCUGGCUGCUGUCCGCGGUUCUAUUUCCUUACCUGAGCCCAGGUGGAUGGUUGGCAGCUCCGACACCUGCACUUUGUAGCCUCAGCAGCUUACUCUGGGAAUGGGAGAGCCGGGGUGCUCCCAAGAGUCACGGCGACGUUUGAGGCUUUCGUGGCUUCAAUCACUUAAAACACCAGGCAUGGGGAGCCCUCGGGCUUUCGGGUUCUUCCCCCAACUUAACGGUUGUCCUUCCAGUUCUAAACUUUUCACUGUUCUGCAGUCAGAAUGAUGAACCUGGUCUCCUGCGUCCCGUCGGCCGGAGCGUGGACUCGGGUCCGAUGCUGAGGCAUCUCCUUUGCUGCUGCUCUAUUGGCUUGUGCUACGACCUUUCCUCUCUAGGUGUCCAUCCAUCCACCUCGGGGCCAUCUCGGGACACGGUCUGAGCCUCAUCCGUGCCGCCGUCUUCUAGCUUUGCUGGCAGUUUCUGCUCUAGCGAGACCUUGCGCACUCUGCUGCUAACAUAUCCCUUCUGCGUCCGCGGAGUCUCGUCCACGCUUCCCGGUCUUGGUGGACUCUGAGAGCCUCGUCCACGCUUCCCGGUCUUGGUGGACUCUGAGAGCCUCGUCCACACUUCCCGGUCUUGGUGGACUCUGAGAGCCUCGUCCGCCCUUCCCGGUCUUGGUGGACUCUGAGAGCCUCGUCCGCCCUUCCCGGUCUUGGUGGACUCUGAGAGCCUCGUCCGCCCUUCCCGGUCUUGGUGGACUCUGAGAGCCUCGUCCGCCCUUCCCGGUCUUGGUGGACUCUGAGAGCCUCGUCCGCCCUUCCCGGUCUUGGUGGACUCUGAGAGCCUCGUCCGCGCUUCCCGGUCUUGGUGGACUCUGAGAGCCUCGUCCGCCCUUCCCGGUCUUGGUGGACUCUGAGAGCCUCGUCCGCCCUUCCCGGUCUUGGUGGACUCUGAGAGCCUCGUCCGCCCUUCCCGGUCUUGGUGGACUCUGAGAGCCUCGUCCGCCCUUCCCGGUCUUGGUGGACUCUGAGAGCCUCGUCCACGCUUCCCGGUCUUGGUGGACUCUGAGAGCCUCGUCCACCCUUCCCGGUCUUGGUGGACUCUGAGAGCCGGUACUCUUAAACCCAAGACCUUCUUACUGCCCGCCCCCAAGGACCAAGGAUUCCUGUCGUGUCCAUCAAGAGCUGUAUCCAAAGAAGAAGUCGAUGCUUGUGGUUCUACUUCCUCAAAGUACUCGGGCCCUUGGUAGUCUGAAAGCUAUGGCACGAAAUCUAUUGACAUGGCCUAGUCUGGAGCACUUAAUUUGUCUCCAGUUAUUUAAAGAUGCCUUUAUUUCUGUAAAGAGUGGGUGUGUUUUGGUAGACUCCCAGAUAGUUUAUAAUUCUGAAAUGAAUUGCCAUUAAAUGUAUUUUUCUAGAUCUUCCAAAUGGGGUUUGUUCAUGAUAAAAAAAGAAAAAUGGAUGGUUUUAUUAUAUGUCUUAUUGUAUUAAUUAUAUUGUAUUAAUAUAAAUCCCUUAUAAUUAUAUUAACAUAAUAAAAUAUACUAUAUUGCAUAUAAAUAUAUAUAACAGUACAAGAAUAAAAUAUAUAAAUGUCAACAAUAA